AUGCAAAGCAAUGAAACUCCAACCUGCAACGUUUCGAAGAACUCUGCAAUGGCAAAGGUUUUGCAGCAAUGUAAAUUGAUUGUUUGGGAUGAAUACACGAUGGCAUAUAAAAAAUCUUUGGAGGCUUUGGACAGAACCUUAAAAGAUCUACGGAGCAAUAAUAAUCGAUUUGGUGGUGCAAUGAUUUUAUUAGCAGGAGAUUUUCGUCAAACAUUGCCGGUGAUUCCACGAUCAACGCCAGCUGAUGAACUCAAUGCAUGUCUAAAGUCCUCCAGUUUGUGGAAACAUGUCAAAGUACUUCAUUUAAGCAAGAAUAUACGUGUCGAGUUGCAAAAUGACCAAUCUGGAAACAUAUUCUCUAAACAACUCAUUGACAUUGGUAAUGGCAAAUUUCCUAUAGACAUGUUGACUGGCUGCAUUAACUUUCCUCAAAGUUUUUGUCAGUUAACUCGAUCAAAAGAUGAACUUAUUCAGAAGGUGUUUCCAGAUGUUUCUCAAAAUUACAGAAACCAUGAUUGGUUGAGCGAACGAGCUAUACUGGCUGCAAAAAACAUAGAUGUAAAUGAAUUAAAUUUCAAAAUUCAAGAACAAAUUACAGGCGAAUUGAGGAUAUAUAAAUCAGUUGAUUCGGCUACUAAUCAAGAUGAUGUAGUCAACUAUCCACCGGAAUUUUUAAACUCGCUGGAUUUGCCAGGAUUGCCACCUCACAAUCUUCAAUUAAAGGUUGGAUCGGUGGUUAUAAUGUUGCGAAAUAUCAACCAACCGCGUCUUUGCAACGGUACACGGUUAGCGAUAAAAAAAUUACUAAACAAUGUGAUAGAAGCAACUAUACUCAAAGGAAAGUAUAAAGGAGAAGAUGUUCUCAUACCGCGCAUCCCAAUGAUUCCGACUGAUGUGCCAUUUGAGUUUAAACGACUACAGUUUCCAGUGCGUCUUGCUUUUGCUAUGAUUAUAAACAAGUCCCAGGGGCAAUCAUUAAGUGUUUGUGGUAUUAACCUAGAAAACCCAUGUUUCUCACAUGGUCAAUUGUAUGUUGCCUGUUCCCGUGUUGGAAAACCAUCAGAUUUGUUUAUCUAUGCGCCAGGUAAUCAAACAAAAAACAUCGUAUACCACAAAGCAGUACAAUGAUAAUAAUAAUAAUUAUGAUUCACAUGAUUAACAAUAAAGCGAUUACUUACUUUUAAAUCAUUAUAUAUGUUUUAUUUAAUUAUUUUUUAUUCACAACGCCCUAUCACCAGGGUGACGGUUCUGUUCAGGAGAAUUUUUUAAAAUACGUAGGCACAAAAACUGCCACAUUACAAAUCUUUCGUCGUGAAUUCGACGUAAUAUUAGCACUAUCAAUAAGAUUAAAUUAAAAAUUAACACACGGCAUACGAAAAUGCAAAAAAAGAAAGUAACACACGGGCAACGCCGUGUCGGGUCAGCUAGUAAUA